AUGACGUCCAAUGGUGGACGAAGCGUCGCGACCCCGACAAGGGCGGCGCUUCCAGCAAAGAAAGCUUCUUCAAUAUCUAUGAAUCCUGAUCAACUGCUGGAUGCAUUCGACACCUUCACUUCCACAAAUCGUCGUAGCAGCGAUGCUCCUGAUGCGAUUGAAUUUCUAAACGAGCACUACAAUAGCGAGGCCUUGCUGGUGUCCCAGCUUCCCUUCAUUCGGGAAGCUGUCAGCGACAGAAUGAAUCGCCUCGAUGAUCAUAUAUCCACAGCCCUACAACGUCAGUCUGACUCUGCAGAAGCAACCCAAAAGCAUGUCCAAGACGCCAAGGCAUCCGUCGCUUCCUUGGAACAACGGAUAAGACAGGUCCAACAAAAGGCAUCUCAAAGUGAAAAGACUGUGCGAGAAAUUACCAAAGACAUGAAACGUCUGGAUUGCGCCAAGAGGAAUCUCCAACGAACGAUUACCACUUUGAAACGGCUUCACAUGUUGGUUCAUGCAGUGGAACAGCUCCGAGUGACAUGUCUGUUGCAGCCACAUCCUGAUUACAAAUCAGCUUCUUAUCUGGUGGAUGCAAUUCGAUCCUUGCUACAGCAUUUUGAUAAUUACACCGACAAGGUUGAACCGAUUGGACUUUUGUCUCAAAAGGUGACCGAUUUGCAUGUAGAACUUCAAUUUUGUCUCGUUCGAGGAUUCCGCAUUGUUGGUUUUGGGUUGGAACAAACCAGAACCAUGGAAAAUAAGAGCAAAUACAAGUCGCUCAUUGUUCCCGAGGACGGCGUUGCUUUCGAUGACGAAGACUAUGAACCAGUUAUCAUGAACCCAGAAGUCAUGGUUGGUGGAACCAUGAUGAUUGAUGCAUUGGGAAUUGAUGCCCGGAAGGAGUUCAUGACUAGUUUCUGCCAAGAUCAGCUUUUGGAGUAUACCCAAAUCUACAAGCCUGUUGGGAAGAAGGUUGAGAAGGAAAAGCCUCGAGUUUCAAGUUUCAAAGCUCAGCCAGAGCAGCCAAAGGAAGAUACGAAACCAGAUUUUGCUCUUGAAUUUGUCGAACAACGAUUCGUCUGGUUCCGUAAUCGAUUGGGCGAAAUCGCAGAGAAGUAUCCUGGAGUUUUCCCUCCUUAUUGGAAUAUGGAAUAUUGGCUGACAAAGGUCUUCUUGAAGAGAACCAAAAAUCACCUUUUGGCUCUAUUGGGAGGACCACAAACAAAAGACCCUGAUGCUUCCGAUGCCACAAUUCUGUUGAAAGCUCUUCAGAAAACAAUUCAGUUUGAGAAAGAAGUGGCGGUCGAGCUCGAACGCAAGUACGGCACCAUUUUCAAGGAAGCUGGUGGCAAGAAGGGAAAAGGAAUCAAGGCAUUCAAAAAGGAAGAGUCCAAGGGUCAAAACGAAGAAGACGGAAAAGCUUCCACCGAUCAAGACGCUGUCGAUAGGCUACUGGGUGUCGCAUCCAGUGCCUUUGAUAGCUACAUGAGGCCUUACAUCGCAUUGGAAGAGCAAAGUAUGGACGAGCAACUCGUCAAGGCAUUGGAAGACAAGACAGUCGAUACACGGGGAGAAUUGCCUGUCUUUACUUCAUCUACUAAACUCUUUGUGUAUAUCAAGGGGAGCAUUUCGCGAUGUACAGCUCUCACCAAGGGCCAUGCCUUCUUCUUACUGUAUCGUGCCUUCCAAAAUUCGCUCCGAAAGUACGCCCAGGUGCUGUCAAACAAGCUCCCUCCACCCAUCCCCCAGAACUCAUCUGUUGGUGGAUUGAGUAUGGCUAAUGUUUCCUUCGGAAAGAAGGAGGGGACUCCUCAGCAACGAGCAUCCUAUCGGGUGCCGAAUGGUGAAGAGGUUUCUGUCUGUCAUGUUGUUGGAACUUGCGAAUAUUGUGCUGAUACUGUGGAAGCUUUGGAGGAUUUGAUUCGAGAUACUGUUGAUGAGCAGUACAAAGCAAAGAUUGAUAUGAUGGGUCAACAAGAAGCCUUCCAUGAUAUCACUGCCAAGGCAAUCCGAGUGCUUGUUACUGGAUUGGAGAACCGACUUGAAGAACCUCUGAAUGUCAUGUGCAACACAGAUUGGGGAGUGUUUGAUGAGGUCGGCGAAGAGAGUGACUACGUUCGAUACAUGCACAAGGAAAUUGUGCCCUACAUUACACUCGCCCGAGGAUUGAUACCCAGUUCCUACUUCCGAAGUAUUUGCGACAAGUUUGCACUCAGCUUCACCGAGACGUAUCAUGAAACGUUAAUCAAGAGAGUGAAGAAAGUCAGCGAACAGGGAACACAACAGCUGCUACUUGAUGUGUAUAACCUCAAGACGCUAUUUUUGAAGCUUCCCGUGUUGGAGAAAUCAGAAACAUCUGUUGUUGCUCCAACAGCCAGAAAAGGAUUGCCUGCAAAAUCGACGAUUGCUCCUGCUAUGUACACCAAAAUGGUGCAGAAGCAAUUCAAGAAGAUUGAGCUUCUACUGAAGGUAGCUGGUACUCCUACUGAUCUCAUGAUUGACGUCUUCCGAGCCCACUGGGUCGGAGGAUCUGCCCUAGACUUGCAAAGCGCAAUGUCAUUGAAGGGGCUGAAACGAACAGAACAAGCGGCCAUGUUGGAAAACUUUGGACUGGACCCUCGUACCGCACGCAAGGGUGCCACGAUGAACGUCACAUCAACCACAAUCGUCACAGAACGUCUCCAAGCUGUCAAUUCUGAUCUGAAUCAAAUGAGACAAAAGGUAGACGACUUUCGAAAGUCAUUCCGCUAA